GGGCGCGCGGGUCCCGCGCCGCCUCCCGGCCGCAGCGCCAGGCAGGCAGCCGCCGCCCGGCCUUGCAGCUUUCCCCGCCUCCUGGCCCGCGGGGAGGGACAGACCCGCCCUCCGCCGAGAGUGAGCGGCGCCCCGGCCGCCGUCCGGGCGCGCGCAGCCAGCGGGCGCGACUAUGCCAAGAUGGUCCUGCAGGCGCGGAACAAGCACCGCGACGCGGCCCCCAAGCCGCCCCGCGCCUCGCGGUCGCCUCUGAGGGGGGCGCCGGGCGCCGGGGACCCCGGGCCCGAGCGUGCGCCCCCGUCCCCCGGGCGCAAGGGCGCCGCGGGCAGGAAGGGGCCCCGCGCGGAGUCUGCCUCACCGCCCUCCGGGGGCGGCCUCGGGGGGCGCCUGGCGGCCGGGCUGCGCGGGGCGCUGGGCCUGCGGCGCGCGGGGCGCGGCCGAACCUGGACCACGCUCCUGCUAGCCGCCUGUGCCGCCGUAUUGCACUGGAGCCACAUAACCCACCUCUUCGAGAACGACCGCCACUUUUCCCACCUCUCGACCCUGGAGCGGGAGAUGGCCUUUCGCACUGAAAUGGGAUUAUAUUACUCCUACUUCAAGACGAUUGUGGAGGCGCCCUCCUUCUUGAAUGGAGUGUGGACGAUUAUGAAUGACAAGCUGACCGAGUACCCGCUUGUCAUUAACACGUUAAAAAGGUUCAAUCUCUACCCUGAGGUAAUCUUAGCCAGCUGGUACCGAGUUUACACCAAAAUAAUGGACUUGAUCGGCGUGCAAACCAAGAUCUGCUGGACGGUGACCAGAGGAGAAGGACUCAGCCCGAUCGAAAGCUGCGAAGGAUUGGGAGAUCCGGCUUGCUUUUAUGUUGCCGUCAUUUUUAUUUUAAAUGGACUGAUGAUGGCCUUGUUCUUCAUUUAUGGCACAUAUUUAAGCGGCAGCCGCCUGGGAGGCCUGGUCACCGUGCUGUGCUUCUUCUUCAACCACGGGGAGUGCACCCGCGUGAUGUGGACGCCGCCUCUCCGUGAGAGCUUCUCGUACCCGUUCCUCGUCCUGCAGAUGUUGCUCGUCACUCACAUUCUCAGGGCCACGAAACUUUACCGAGGCAGCUUGGUCGCCCUGUGCGUUUCCAACGUGUUCUUCAUGCUGCCGUGGCAGUUCGCCCAGUUCGUGCUUCUCACCCAGAUUGCAUCAUUAUUCACAGUGUAUGUUGUGGGAUACAUUGAUAUAUGCAAAUUACGGAAGAUCAUUUAUAUACACAUGAUUUCUCUUGCACUUUGUUUUGUUUUGAUGUUUGGAAACUCAAUGUUAUUAACUUCUUAUUAUGCUUCCUCUUUGGUGAUUAUUUGGGGCGUACUGGCAAUGAAACCACAUUUCCUGAAAAUAAAUGUAUCUGAACUUAGUUUAUGGGUUAUCCAAGGGUGUUGUUGGUUAUUUGGAACUGUCAUUCUCAAGUAUUUGACAUCUAAACUCUUCGGCAUCACAGAUGACGCUCACAUUGGCAACUUACUAACGUCAAAAUUCUUCAGUUACAAGGACUUUGAUACCUUGUUGUAUACUUGUGCAGCAGAGUUUGACUUCAUGGAAAAGGAGACCCCCCUGCGGUACACGAAGACUUUGCUGCUUCCAGUUGUUCUCGUCGUGUUCAUCACCAUCGUCAGAAAGAUUGUUAGUGACAUGUGGGGUGUCUUAGUGAAGCAGCAGACACAUGCAAGGAAACACCAGUUCGACCACGGAGAGCUGGUCUAUCACGCCUUGCAGCUGGUGGCGUACACGGCGCUGGGCGUCCUCAUCAUGCGGCUGAAGCUCUUCCUGACGCCGCACAUGUGCGUGAUGGCGUCGCUGGUCUGCUCGAGGCAGCUGUUUGGAUGGCUCUUUUGCAAAGUACAUCCUGGUGCUGUUGUUUUUGCUCUGUUAGCAGCGAUGUCGAUACAAGGUUCAGCAAACCUACAAACCCAAUGGAAUAUUGUAGGAGAAUUCAGCAAUUUGCCACAAGAAGAACUUAUAGAGUGGAUCAAAUAUAGUACUAAACCAGACGCAGUGUUUGCGGGGGCCAUGCCCACCAUGGCGAGUGUGAAACUCUCCGCACUUCGGCCCGUGGUGAAUCACCCACAUUAUGAAGAUGCGGGUCUGAGAGCCAGAACGAAGAUCGUGUACUCCAUGUACAGCCGGAAGGCAGCCGAGGAAGUGAAGCGGGAGCUGGUGAAGCUGCAGGUGAACUACUACAUCCUGGAGGAGUCCUGGUGCGUGCGCAGGUCCAAGCCCGGCUGCAGCAUGCCCGAGAUCUGGGACGUGGAGGACCCCGCGAACGCCGGCAAGCCCCCGCUGUGCACCCUCCUGGUGAAGGAGUCUGAGCCGCACUUCACCACGGUGUUCCAGAACAGUGUUUACAAAGUCCUGGAGGUCAUCGAGGAGUGACCUCUGCCCCGAGAAGACAGCGGGGAUGCCUGUGAUGUUCUGCCGACAGCUCAUGCCUUGUUUUUAAUUCCGAUCCCAAAAACUUUUAUAGGUAACUGUUUUCAAACGGAAAAUGUUUUACUUGGUCAAUUUGAAUGUCACUCUGAUUGUAAAAAUAUGUAUACCAUUAUCAGUCGGGUACUAUUUCAGUGCACCCCUUAAAAUUUGCUAUGCAAAUGAGUAUAUGCUUGUAUUUGACUUAAGUAUUUGUGCUAAAAUGAGCAAAGCUCUCUGCCUACCAAACGCGACGGGUCGUGAAAGGACGAUGCGAAAGCGUGGUCGACUCUGAACUGUGUGGGGGCUGGUUUUGCAGCGUGUGGACUGUCGAGGCCCCUGCUUCCGUCCCUGCCUCUGCUCUUGUCCGUGGGUCCUUCUGCCGGCUGUCGUGAGCUCCUCGGUCCCCUCGGUCCCUGCGGUCGAGAGCAGGUGCAGCCGACAAGGGUGUGUGCGCUCCCUGGAGUUUUCUGCUUAUUUCCCUCUGUGUUCUUUCGGUCUCUGUUGUUCUUGUUCCUGACAGAACGUGCCGGCAUCCGCCCCGACUCCUGGGCCUGGGGGUCCGGGCCGAGCUCCUGUGCGACCAGCAGUGUGGUGUCAGUGAGACAUCUCUCUCCUUCUCUCUCUCUCUCCCCCUCUCUCCUCCCCCUCAGUCCUUCUCUCUCUCCUCUCUCUCCUCCCCUCUCCCCUCCCCCCUUCUUCCCUGCCUCCCUCUCUCUCCCAUCAUUCUUUGUCAGAUAAGUGGUAUUUACUCAUUUAGUUUCUCGUAUCAAGUACUUUUUCUUGGUUAAAAAAUAUUAAUGGCAAUUGUGUAUUUUCUCAUUUUUAGUAUUAUUCAAAUGUGUAUAUUUUAAUACCUUUAAACCACUUUUAAAACUUUUCAUGUCUAAUUAUAGUUUUAAGAAAAACUAUUUUGAACAACCUCAAAUGCAGUGCAUCCAGAAACUAACGUAUAUUUCUGUAGACAUAAUGUGCUGUGGAACAAUAGACUGUAGUGCGUGGCAGUUUUUCUUUUACUAUUAAGAUACAAUAAAACAUAACUAAUUUUUCUGUCAAAAAGUAAGUGAACAAUGAUAAGUGAAUGGAGUUUUUAUAUUUUUAUUUUAAAUUGCCCGUCUUUAACAAGACAAAGCCUUAAGCCUUAGAGUUUUGGUUCAAAAAACCAUUGCAGUAUGAGGAUGAAUAUAUUCAGCCUUCUUCUUCUUUCUUUUCCUAUUUAUUUUUAUUUUAAAAACCUUCUGAACCUGCUUUGAAUUCCUAGGAUGAAUUUUUGUUUUUUAGAAGGUGAUUUGUGUGGAAUGAGAUCUUGCAAAACAGUGAAUCCCUUGUAUGGCUGAGAAGUGGUUUUGGGGCUUUAAACUCCAGGCAAACCCCGCCUCGGCGGACCCCCCAUGCAGUUACACGGUGUUCUCGGGAUUCGCCGCAGGCAGACACCCCUCCCAGCGGGGUGUCCCGGACACCCGGCCCGCAGGCCUGGCUCCUGCCUCGCCCGGAGCCCUGGACGUGGCUGCCCGGGGCCGCUGCAGCCCAGGGUGGGCAGUGGAGUGGGCGGGCGCCUGCCCUGCCCUGCCCGCCAGCCCCCAGGUUCUCUCAGCCUCUUCAAGUGCCAGCCCCCUUCUCGCCUGCUGUGUGACUCUUAUCUCUUGGGGUUUUGCCACUUUCAGAAAACAGGGAAGCAGCCGGGAGUCGUGGACUAGGAGUGGUGUGGACUAGGAGUGGCGUUUGAGCAGUGAUGCAGCCGUCCAGGAACGCGGGAAGAGGGCACCUCGAGGGCGGCAGGAGGGGGCGCGCUGGGCUCUGUCUGCCGUUGCUUCUCACCCAAAUGUGGCUUUUAGAUGGCACUUUUAAUAUUACUCUCUGUUCUUCCUGCCCACUCCUCAUUCCCUUCGUAAUAAAGCUCACAGGUGAAGGUUGGAAUUCAGUAUGGGAAAAACACUGAAAUACUGUUAGAACUGUUUCCUGUGCUGGACAGGGCAAAAGCUGUCAAGCUGAUUCUGUGUGUGAAGACCACCUGUGACCGAAGUUGCUGACGUAGCCCCCCGGCCGGCUCUGCUCGGCGCCGGGCCAGACGCCGUGGAACAGCCGAGGCUGCCCGGCGCUGUGCCGCUCCCGGGGAGCCGCCGGUGCUGUCACUCACGAACCUCUCCUGCGGCGACGAAGUGUAGAAGUAGGUUUGACCCACACGACGGAACAGUAUUAAAGCUCAGUGUUUUGCUUAUGUUUAGCACUGGGAGAUAUUUUUGCUUUUGUGUGAGGAAGGUGGGGGCGGCCGGGAGGCGACGGAAGCAGCCGUUGCUGGGACGAGGAGGGACAGAGCCUGGCCGUGUCUCCGCACAGAGGUGCACCUCCAACACCCCGCAGCAGGAGAGUGUGGAGUUAAGACGGCCACGAUACUAAGGAGAGAAUGAGAGGGUGUUUCAGGAACAAAGGGAUAUUAUGUAGGAGUAUUGUAUUUUUAUGAAUUUUAUGCCAGUUGUUUACAUGUACUACGUAUGUUAAAUAAAAAAGAUCAUGAAAAUA